AUGUCAGAGAUCCAUCAGGAGGUCAGAGCAAAUCUGGAGUCUCCAAAUGUUCCGACUCAGGACCAAGCUUCCGGGAUGGGAGUGGCCAAGGGUGAGUGUGCCGAAAUCCAGGCCGGAGCUGAGACAGUUGGGAUGGAAGGUGACGUUGGGAAGUGGGGAGAUGGGGCUGACACCGCCAGUGAGCCAUCAUCUACAUAA